AUGCGAUGGAGAAAACGUGGGCUCACUUGUGCCAUCAUUUCUGCCGGAACAGCGCAAUAUUUAGAAGCCCCCUAAUUGGGGGCAAUUGUGACCGGAGAUAGAGAUAACCGCUAUGCCACGUUAGGCCUUGCCGCUUUCAUGCGACCGGUCGUUCAGCCCGACAGAAAGAGUUGGCUGCCGGACCUGAAACGCGAAUCCCUCGGCUGCGACAGGAACGGUGUGACAAGGAUGCUGACCCCGCGCGCCCAGCUGUGGCUCAAACUGGGCCGAACCUGCAACCUCUGCCUGGGCUGCCUGGGAAUGGGUCUCAUCCUGGCCCUGACCGGCGUGGCGCUGCUGGACCUGGUCGAGAUCUACGACUCCGACAUAUCAAGCGUGUCGCACCUCAUCACCGCACGCUGCGUCGGCAGCCUUCUCGGCUCCCUACUAGGAGGCAAGCUGUACGACACGUACAACGUGCAGACCAUGUCUAUACUGAUGAUGGCGCUGGCCUGCGUGACGGUGCUCAUGAUUCCGCUUAGUGGAAGCCUGCCACUUGCGUUCGUCAUGGUCUUCUUCGGCGGGAUCAGCGUGGGUGCCUUCGACACCGGCGCGAACGUGUGGAUCAUCAAUCUGUGGCCAGAGAACAGCAGCCCGGCGUUGCAGGUCUUCCACUUGGCCUUUGGCGUCGGUUGCCUGGUGGCACCGCUCAUCGCCGAGCCCUUCCUGUCCACCGGCGGCUUGUUGCUGAACCAGACGGCCGCCAACGUGAGCGAGCACUUGACCUCGAACGACACUGGCUACAGCCCGUUGGAGAUCGGAACCGACGAGAGCCGGGUCUACUACGCGUUCGGCAUAACCAGCGCCUUCCACCUUGCCCUGGUUGUUGCCAUGGUGGCGCUCUACUUGAUUGACAACGCCGACGUCAAACCUGCCCAGGAGGAUGCCACCCUUGGCAAGGAGUCUCCCGAGGACGUGCGCUUUAGCCGCACCCUGGUGGCCCUGCUGAGCGCCUACGUGUGCGUGAACGUGGCGCUCGAGUGCACCUCGUCCCAGAUGCUCACCGCGUUCGCCGUCAAAAGCGAGCUGCACUUCACCAAGUCGGCGGCGGCUCGCGCAGCGGCCGUCUACUUCUUCUGCUUCGCGGCGAGCCGCCUGGCGGCCGCGCUGGUUACCGUCAAGAUGUCGCCCUUUCAGAUGCUCGUGCUCUCCCACGUCAUCAUCGUCGUCACGGCCGCCGUGUUCGUGGUGUGGGGCUCCAGCAGCGGCGCCGUGCUCUGGGCCUGCAGCGCGCUCAUGGGCAUCGGCCAAGGUCCUGUGUACGCGGCCGUAGUCGCUUGGACUGUCGCCUACAUUACCAUGAGCAACAAGAUGAUGUCUAUCGUCAUAAUCACAGCAGGCAUUGGCGCACUAUCGCCGCCUCUUCUAGUCGGUCAGUUCUUAGACCACAGUCCAAACCUGUUCCUCUACGUAUGUUUCGUGGCAGUCUUGCUGUGCGUAGUGUUUCUUGUCGCGAUGUACUUUUACGUUCGAAAAAGGCCGCUACUAAACGCUGAGAAAGACGUGAGCGUUAAUGGAACUUACGAAAAACCUCUCGAAAUGCUUUCGCUUUAGCGAUGUCUCCGCAACAGCCUCUAGAUGCACCACUCCGCAGGACACGAUCAUCUUCCCAGUAGUUCAAUAAACAUAACCCGCAGCAUUGGAA